AUGGCCUCUGGAAGCACUGAACCGUCACGGCUGCGGGUUCUGGGGCCUGUCACGGAAAUGCAGACCGAGAGCACGCAGGAGUGUGAUGGUGGGGCCCGAGGAAGUGAAAGGAUGACAGUAUUGGCCUUCAGCUUCCACUACCUGCUCAUACGGGGACUUAGGGAGAAUUCCUUAACCUCUCUAAGGCUCUUGGUUUAUCAGUAUAAUUGGAUGAUAAUAAUGAAGGCUGAGGCUAUCUCAACGGGCUAUUGGUCACUCCUGCUCCUGCUGCUGCUGGUGUCCAACCUGCUCCUGUUCAGAAACGUGGCCUCCCUGCCCAUCUGUCCCAGCAGGACUAUCCCCUGCCAAGUGCCCCUCCGAGACCUGUUUGACCGUGCAGUCAUCCUGUCAAACUACAUCCAUAACCUCUCCACGGAAAUGUUCAGCGAGUUUGAUAAACAAUAUGCCCAGGGCAAAGGGUACAUCACCAGGGCCUUCAACAGCUGCCACACUGCUUCACUCCCUACCCCUGGAAACAAGGAGCAAGCCCAACGGAUCAACCACAAAGACCUUCUGCAGCUGGUCCUCACAGUGCUGCGCUCCUGGAACGACCCUCUGAAUCAUCUGGCCAACGAAGUGCGUGGUAUCCAACAAGCCCCAGUUGCCAUCAUAUCAAGAGCUGUAGAGAUCGAGGAACGUAACAAACAACUUCUCGAGGGCAUGGAGAAGAUCAUCGGCCAGGUCCAACCUGAAGUCAAAGAAAAUGAGGUCCACUCUGCCUGGUUCGGACUUCCAUCUCUGCAGAUGGCAGAUGAGGACACUCGCCUUUCUGCUUUUUACAACCUGCUCCAUUGCCUGCGCAGGGAUUCGAACAAGGUUGACAACUAUCUCAAGGUCCUGAAGUGCCGAAUGAUCUACGAUAACAACUGCUAAGCUCACAUCUAUUCCAUCUGUCUCUGAGAUGGUUCUUAAUGAUCCAUCCCAUAGCAAGCUCCUUUUAGUUUUAUAGCAUUUUAAUGCAGGCUUGGUGUAAUGGGUCUUGUCUUAAAAAAUAAAA